GCGAGAAAGGAAAGAAAAAGAGCAUUGCGAUCGUGGUCCAGCUUGGCGACGACGUUGCUAACUUUUGUAGAAUUUUGCAUACAUCGGCGGCCAGGGAUAUUUAUAGGCGCUGCAACGAAAUUAAGAGCUGGCUUGAUGGGAAAAGUGGCAAGGAAGAACGCGCAACACAGCAUUCCCGUGGCUUACGUCGGAACCGCAUUUACUCUGGGAUGUUUUAUCUUCGUGUUCUUAUCUUCAGUGACGGUCAGCAUUCACUGUCCCAGGCGAGGUUUCUUGUCACAGCUGACUGCUCUUGCUUCAAUUACAACUGCAACCUUUAAAAUUUCUGGGAAAAAGAUGAGCGACCCAGAAUGUGGCCGAUCAACGCCUGCAUCUAGAAUAGUCAUGGGCAGAGCAAUUUCAAGAACGCGUCUGCCAUGGAUUAUGUAUAUUGAAAGCACACGCUACGUUUCCUCAACGACAAGGACGAAGCAAGUUUGCGGCGGCAGCUUGAUUGCCCACAACUAUGUCGUAACCGCAGCGCACUGCGUCGUUGACUCGGAAGGAAAGAAGGUCCACAAGGUGGUAAUUUAUUACAACGCAACAAAGCCUCAGCAAGGCCCAGAAGUUCGCGCGGAAGUGAUCAUUCUGCAUCCGAACUACGACGAUGCCACUCUUGUAAACGACAUCGCCCUUCUGAAGUUGCAGGAAUCUCUGUACAUAGAUCACUUUGUGAGGCCAGUGUGCUUACCGGAAGAAAAAUUGAACCUCACAGGGAAGCCGGUCACCAUCGCUGGUUGGGGAUACACAGCCGAGAACAAGACUACUAUUUCCUACGAACUUCUUCAGAUAAAUCGUGAAAUUCUACCAUACACGAGGUGCGAAGAGACACUUGUGGAGAAAUGGCAGGCCCCACUGUUCAACAGCUCUCUGAUAUUGUGCACUUCCUCUACGGACCAAGACACCUGUCAGGGUGACUCUGGUGGUCCUGUCACCAUGUGGAGACACGGGCUUGGCUACCAAGUGGGCAUCGUGUCGUUUGGAUUGGGCUGCGCUCGACCAAACGGCACCAGCCUACACACGAACCUUCGCUUCUACCUGCCGUGGAUCGCCUCCGAGAUUUCAUCUCGCCGUGGCCAACAUGUGAUCUACCCUAGCGAUGCCGAUAAUCAGCAUGUCACGACACCGAGCAAAGAAACCAACACCCCUCACGCCGAAACGCCCAACGGGAAAAUAGAAGACCUGUUUCUACAGCUUCAAGAGAAGAGUCUCGUGCUGGGAAACUUGGCACAUAGCUCGACGAACGGCGAAGCCCAGCCUUCAAAGACGCGUGCACAAGAGGAGAGAAAAGACAAACGUCUCCUGCGAGCAAGACCAGAAUAGAAAAAGUGCAUUCGCUUGUCGCGCCUUCCAGUCAGAGAAACGACUCUUCUGCGAUGACAUCUAGCAGCAGACAAGUCAGAAGGUCUACUGUAACCCUUCCUACCAAGGCGACCACAAAAUUCAUUGAACUGACCUCCACAGCAGGAAGCAGCUCCACGUACAUUACAAGAAAUGCAAGACAAUUUCGUCGCCACAUUUUCGAGCAGAGGCAGCGGAACCGUUAUGGCGGGUACUUCUAAAGGAGAAAGCAAGACUUUUAUCACCACGCCUCCUAGCGCAGGAAGCGCGACGUGUGAAUCAAAUCAAACAUGUAGCGGCGCUGUAAUGGUAUGUCUCUGAAAUUAAGAAAAAGUACA